UCUUGCCUUCCUUCUGCUAUAAGACAGUCAUCCUUCUCGCUCUCUCUCUUCCCUCUCUCUCUCUUUUCUUUCCCUCUCACACUAUGAACCAUUAUAUUUAUCAAGAUCCUGGACUUUCAAGGUUGGAAGACUUCAGUACCAAGCAUGAGCUUGCUCGAAAUUUUUAUGACGACGACGAGUUUUGCCCCAUACCCGCUGAAAAGUUACCACAAGUAGCAGAACAUCGUGAAAGGAUACGAUUUCGAACCUCCCCACGGUCGUCUCCAUCCUCGUCACCCACCCGAACAAACGCAUACCAUCAAGGCUCUUCACCACUUCGCCAGUCACCGAGGACACGGGCGGUCCCCAUCGUUGACCCGAGCAAGCGGACUACAACCAACAAUAACCCUAAUCCACUUCAAUAUUCCGUUCCACUCCAACAAGAACCAUCAGCACCCACUACUCCAUCUUGGUCGUCCACACGACGUUACGGCAUUCCUAUUGUCGAUCCCAACAUUGUGUUUAUUCGUUCAUCCUUUACAUUAUUCCUCGCCAUAUAGUUUUUCCCCGUAAGAAAAGAAAAAAAGAUUUUUUAUAUA